AAAAAAAGUGACAAAAGCAAACAAACAAACACCACUUGCAGAGUCACCGCCGUCGUCGUAGGAGGAGAUUCACUCGCCGCCGCUGUAUGUGCAAUCAACAUAGCCUCAUUCGAACUUUAAAGUCAUUUUUUUUAAUAAAUUUUUUCUAUUAAACUUGUAGAUUUAUAAGCAAGUGGAGUUAAAAUUACCUUUGUGCAUAUUUUGAACUCAAUUUGAAAAUUUCCAUCUUUUUAGGGUUUGAAUGCAAUAGAAUUGGUUAAUUACUGUGUUUGAGAGAAUGCUUUCACCUUUGAUUCUUUCUCGUAGGUUUCUCAAACCUAGGUUCCUUAAUUCUGGUUUCUAUGCUUCUCUUUAUCACACCAUUUUCAAUCCUUUGAUAUCCUCUCAACAAUGUAUAAACCGAAACGCUGGUCAAAAUCAUUCAUUUAGCCCAUUUAAGAAAUCCCAGUUUGGGAUUUAUGAUAUUGAAUUUUGUAAAAGUGUUGGGUCACUCUCAAAUUUCCAACUUGUUGGGUACAUUUCUACGUCGCCGUCGAGAUUAGGACAGGAUAAGGAAAACAAGAAUCAGAGUAGUAGUAAUGUUGGUAGUGGAGGAGGGGGCAUCUCUUGGAUUGACUUGUACUUGCCUAGGCUGGUCCGGCCCUAUGCUCAGCUUGCUCGCCUCGACAAGCCAAUUGGAACAUGGCUGCUUCUAUGGCCUUGUGUGUGGUCAAUAACCUUGGCUGCACCCCCAGGGCAUCUUCCCGAUUUUAAAAUGUUGUCUCUGUUUGGAUGUGGGGCUUUUCUUUUGAGAGGUGCUGGGUGUACUAUUAAUGAUCUCAUUGAUCGGGAUAUUGAUACAAAGGUAGAACGUACAAAGUUGAGACCUGUGGCUAGUGGGCUUUUAACACCUUUUCAAGGGCUUUCUUUUCUUGGAUUUCAACUGCUUUUGGGUCUUGGUAUUCUUCUACAACUGAAUAAUUAUAGCCGUGUUUUGGGCGCCUCAUCCUUGUUGCUGGUCUUCUCAUAUCCCUUGAUGAAGAGGUUUACAUUUUGGCCUCAAGCAUUUCUUGGGCUGACCUUUAAUUGGGGGGCUUUGUUAGGAUGGGCAGCAGUUAAAGGAAAUCUGGAUCCAUUUAUUGUGCUGCCACUUUAUGCCUCUGGAGUUUGUUGGACUCUCAUCUAUGAUACUAUCUACGCACAUCAGGAUAAAGAAGAUGACUUAAAAGUGGGAGUUAAAUCAACAGCGUUACGCUUCGGUGAUUCCACAAAGGAGUGGCUUACUGGGUUUGGCAUUGCAAGCCUUGGUGGUCUUGCUCUCAGUGGAUUUAAUGCUGAACUAGGGUGGCCAUAUUAUGCGUUUCUGGGAGUUGCAUCUGGACAUUUAGGCUGGCAAAUAUGGACAGUUGACCUUUCUUCUCGUUCGGAUUGCAAUAGGAAAUUUGUAUCAAAUAAGUGGUAUGGAGCUAUCAUAUUUGGUGGAAUCCUAGCUGGAAGACUUUCUUCAUAAGGGUAAUCUUCAUAUGGCACUGUUAGGUCACAUAAUCUUAAAAGAAGUAAAGGAUUGUUUUAUGGCACAUGAGACACAACUUUGCAGCUCCACAAUCUUAAGGUUAUGACCAAGAAGUUGAUGCUUAAAAACUUCCGCAAUUUGAAUUGUGGGAACAAGCGUAAGAUACCAACGCAGUAACUACCAUUUGAAGUUCCAUAUUUCAAGCUAAGGAGUGAUUGGUGUUAGUCCACUCAUGUAUGUAUUUACUAGUGAUGGUGUUAGUUCACUCACGUUUGGAUGAGUGAAAGGGCAUCAUAUUUGUUAUAGGAAUAGAUGGAAGAGUAUUUAUUAUUCAUGAGAGAAAUAUCAGAAACA